AUGGGGUCCACAUCCUCAACACAGACCCAGUGCGCAGGGAGGUCGCCCCCACCUCCAGAGCCACCUGGGAGCGGAGGGCCGUGGAGCCCCCCGACGUUCACGGUCCCAGGCCGCUGGGGCCGAAAGGAGAAGCGGAGAAGUUGGCGGCAGAGCGUGCCCCAGCUGCGCUCGCGGGGAGCGCUGGAGGAACCCCCUCCCAGCCCGGCCCGCCCCGGGUGUUGUUUGUCCAUUUGGAUGCCGUUCAAGCUGUUGAACGGGGAAAACAGUCCAGCCAACAUGCACUGCAGAUCGAAGAGGGACGGGAGCAGGGGAAACGUGGAUCCCACAUACAUGGCGUGUUCUUCACGAUCUGCAAUGUUUCCCUUUUUCUACAUAGACUGUCCUUCAUCCACCUGGGUUCAAUUUCAAGACAGUUGUUACGUUUUUCUUCAAGAAGCCAUCAAAGUAGAAAGCAUAGAAGACGUCAGAAAUCAGUGUACUGACCAUGGAGCAGACAUGAUAAGCAUACAUAAUGAAGAAGAAAAUGCUUUUAUACUGGAUAUUUUGAAAAAGCAGUGGAAAGGCCUGGAUGAUAUUCUACUAGGAAUGUUUUAUGACACAGAUGAUGCCUGUUUCAAGUGGUUCGAUAAAUCAAAUAUGACAUUUGAUAAGUGGACAGACCAAGAUGAUGGUGAGGAUCUAGUGGACACCUGUGCUUUUCUGCACAUGAAGACGGGUGGAUGGAAAAAAGGAAAUUGUGAAGUUUCUUCUGUAAUAGGAACACUUUGCAAAGCAGCGAUCCCAUAUGAAAAGAGAUAUUUAUCAGAUAACCACAUUUUAAUAUCUGCGAUGGUGAUUGCUAGCACAAUAGUUUUGACCCUUUUGGGCGCAAUCCUCUGGUUCCUGUACAAAAGACAUUCCGAGUCUGGUUUCACCACUGUCUUUUCAAGUGUGGCCCAAUCUCCUUACAGUGAUGACUGCGUCUUGGUAGUGGAAGAAAACGAACAUGCUGUUCAGUUCGACUGAAUUUUUUUUGUCAUCUCAUAUUGACAUCGAAAGUACUACCAGUGAUUUGUGUGAAAAUUUGAUAUAAAACUUGGGAGUUACACACGAGUCUUUAUGGUAUAUUUUCUCCGUAUAGCAACAUUGUUUUCAAGUAAUAAUUCUGUCAAAACCUAAUCUUUGAGCACAUUUUCUAAAGAUUUAAAAUGAACUAUCAUUUGGUGACUUCACCACACCCGCCCCCUUUAAUGAGGGCAAGCUUGAAGCCCGAGUAAAGCAGAUAAAAAGCAAA